CUAUCAGCCAUCCCCAGAUUGCUGUGAGAGGUGCUGUGUGUUGGACCCUGCGCAGGUAGAACAGGGCUUGGAGAGUGUGGGCCCUGAGCACUCGACUUGGGGGCAGGAGCUCCCCUCCAAGAAGAAGAACAUCUCCCAACCUUGCUCCAGGUGGGGCAUCUCAUGGUGGUGACCCCACAUUAAAUGUUCCUGGGGCUGAGCACCCUCAAUGGCCCUGUGGUGAGCUGGGUGUUGCUGUGUCUCCCCACAGCCCUGAGCAGCCAUGGAGAGGAUGCAGCAGGUCAUUGCGCGGGCGAGAGCCGCCUUCAACUCAGGCCGGAGCCGCUCGCUGGAGUUCAGGAUACAGCAGCUGAAGGCCCUGGAGCGGAUGGUGCAGGAGAAGGAGAAGGAGAUCCUGGCAGCCCUCCAUGCGGAUCUGCACAAGAGUGGGCCCAUUGCGUACAUCACUGAGUUCCUGGGUGUGCUGGGGGAUCUGACCCUGGCCAUGGAGAAGCUGCCGUCCUGGGCAGCCCCUCAGCAUGUGAAGAAGAACCUGUUGACAAUGAGGGAUGAGGUCUUCCUCAACUUUGAGCCGCUGGGAGUGGUGCUGAUCAUCGGGACCUGGAACUACCCCUUUAUGCUGGUCAUGCAGCCUCUGAUCGGAGCCAUCGCAGCAGGCAAUGCUGUGGUGGUGAAGCCGUCAGAGGUGAGUGAGAACACAGCUCGGCUGGUGGCUGAUCUCCUCCCCCAGUACCUGGACCGGGAGCUGUACCCUGUGGUCACUGGAGGAGUUCCUGAGACAACAGAGCU